AUGAGCGAGGUGGCCGAGAGUAAGCCUGUCGAGCAGGGCACACUGGUCUUGCAACCGCCAACAGGUAGUGAAGGAAAACCUAUUCGCGAAUGGAUUGACACGCUUCUUCAAGCGGCCGUAAUUGCCAAGAGCAAGCAAAAGAAACCAGAACAGGAUGAAGUGUCAACUGCUACAACAGCCACUAUAACAGAUGUUGAUGCUUCUACUACGGACGCUGCUUCUUUCAGUGCAUCCCUAGCAGCAGAAGGAAUCGAUAUGACAGAUACAACAACCAGUGGAACGACAAACGAGAUCGAGAAAAAGAAAGAUGAAUUGCCAACGCACCCAGAUACAAAAGACACAUCGGUGGUACUCAACUCGGAUGCCACCAAGGCCGAAGAGGGAGCAUCUGCUCCAGCUAUCAAGCACUACCGUCGGCGUCGCUGUGAAGUGGAAGGUUGCAACAAGUUUGCGCGUUUCAACAAUGCUUGUUCAGGGCACGGUGGUAGACGUCUCUGCGCAGAGACUGGGUGCAAACGGGUGGCGCAGUUCGGACACAAGUGUAGCGCACACGGAGGUGUCAAGCUGUGUAGCGUUGAGGGAUGCCACCGUGCUGUACAGUCUCGAGGAUGUUGCAAAACACACGGUGGUGGUGUUCGAUGUCAGCAUCCAGAUUGCACGAAGGGCGCCAUUUCUAAGGGAUUUUGCCGCUCACACGGCGGCGGGUUGCGCUGUGCUGAACAAGAGUGUCAUAAGUGGGCCCAGCGUCAUGGAUAUUGCGUGCGUCACUCAAAAUCUGCCGCUUCUCCAAAGGCAGUGCCAAUCAUGGAGCCCAUGAUGGAUUCGCCGACGGCAUCACAAUAUUUAGUACCACAAACGAGUAGCUCUUCGAUUUAG